AUGCGUCGCUCGUCGUCCUUGUGGCGGGCAAAGACGUUGGCGCAGAUGUUUCGCAAGUUGAAGCUCGCGGGUGCUCAUCCGGAUGUCCUGUGGGCUGUUGACGCGGUGAAGGCGCAGCACAACGGCGAGGAGAUGAUUCGCCUGGAGACGAUGAUGCACCAGCGUAGUUCUGCAGACGGCGGUAACUGCUACGGGUGUCAGGGCACCGCGGAAAGUUUCACAUUUUGGCUGGGCGAGCAGCAGGAGAAACACCAUGUUCGGCCGGCAACAACACUGCGGUCUGUGAGCUGCACCAUCAACCCAGUAGCCCCUAACAACACGGUGAAGCAGCAGCUAUCGCAACUGUUUCGUGACGCUGGUGUCUACGAGGACUUUGAUCUUGAUGACGCGGGGGUUGAGAUGAACCUGGAGUCGGUGCUGCGUCACGCAGACGAGCGACAGAACGAACACCUGCAUCAGUCUGGGAUCCUGUACAUCCGUGGAGACAAGGCAGUUGAAAUGCUGAGGCGGUUUGGUGUCCUGCUUAUUGUAGAGGAGAACGGCAUCACGUACCUCGUCACAUUGCCGGAGAUGCAUCAGCAGUUGCAACACCACGGGCCCUUGGACCGCGCCGCUUCCACAUACACACCGGCGCAGAGUCUUGUGGGCCCCAAUGGGGAAAUUGACCCCGACGUUCAGGAAUACAUGCGUGAACGUGGUCUCCGUGCCUUUGAUCUGCGCAUGGCGGGUAGUCACUCCUCGGUAGAACGCUUUGUCUCCGCCUUUGAACGUCUUGAACGCAUGUAUGAAGUGCACCGCGGCCGAGCGAUGCGACCGUGUGUGUGCAUUGUCCUUUCGCUCAAAUCUAUGGACAACUACGUGGCGGAGGACGGCUGCCUUGUCCUUUCCGUACAUCGCAUGCCGACGUGGGAGGAGUUUCUCUUGACGCUCCCGCAAGAGGUGUGGCAGAACUGUGUGCAGAUGCACCGUGACUGGCGCAUUGGAAACGCCCCCAAACUGCGGGCACGGCAGCGACAACUUAUGAAGGUGGCAGAUAUGUUUCACUUUUUUCGUGUGCAGCUAGACUCCGGCAUUGGGGCGCGGAUGGAUUGGCAGGAGGAGUUUGUCCUGCGUCUGAUGAAGGAGGAAAUGGUGAUACGCAACGCGGUGCGGAAGUAUAAUUUGAAGUCGGAGCUGUUGAAAAAACGCGGGGAAAUUCAUGUGGCCCGCACGCUACGUAGUGCGAUGGAUCCUGCGAAAGAGAUUGGGUACCGCAUCGGCGGCGACGGUCGUCUCUUCUUCAACUUUGGCACAAUGACCACAGGCCAGAUGCUGCGUGUCUUGAAGGACAACUUGCGUUGUUUGGAGACGUUUCAAAAGAAGCAUGACAACGCCGUGGCUACGCUGGAGCACCUGAGCCGCAGCAUCCCGGUCGACUUUAGCGUAGACACCGAGUGGAAGCUGCGGGAGGAGGGGAACCUGGUGAACUGCCUACAGCGGUUUGUGCACACCAUAAAGGCAAAUCAGGGGCAACUGGCGUCCUUCUUGACGAUGCUCUUGAGGAGUGGCACGACGGCAGGGGUGCCGAAGAAACGCAUGAUGUGGAUCAUAUCCGCGCAGUUUAACACGAUGCCGAGUGGCGUCGUCUUCGUACCGUGGGACGUCGAUUUUGAGUCCAUCAAGAAACACCUUUUGCCGAAGGGUUAG